CCAAAUUCGUCUUCUCCAUCGGUACCCACAACUAACUCGGAGCCCUCCUGGACCGGUUUCAUUGACUGCUCGUGAGCAAGCAUUGCAGGAUUAUGGGAAUCCUCUGCCCAUAUCAAUGUCAAUAUCGGCCUCGUCGAACUCGCCAAAGUCCUCCGAGUCAGAACUCUCGACAGGCGCGGCUUCUUCAGCAAGUGCUAUGCUCCUACCGAGAGAAGGACUUCCCCGCGCCCUGAACCUUCCGCCACCGAGUGGAGACGACGUCAGGCCAAAAUUGGGAUGUCUCUCCGGAAGUGGGGAAGAAGAGGACGGUAAAUCUGGCAGGACUGAGGGUUUUCCUAAGGUCUCCUUAACUUUGUCAACAAGGCGACUAACCCUUGAUAAUCUCGAUGGCCCAGGGCCAUUGGCUCCGGUAGUGAGGGCUUUGGGGUUUCCUGUGGGCUCUUCCGCGAUGCCUUCUUCGGGGCCCAACUCAGGGUUUAUCCUCCUUUUUUUCAAGCGAGAAUGACCAGGCCAAUCUGGACCACAACUGUAUGAACGUCUCAAACCGAGGGGAGAUAAAUCUGGGGCCCCACUUUGAGAUGCUUCCCCGCCCUUGAAAAGACGAGCGGCCGGAUUGGCGGGGCGCGCAGCAGCAGAACCAGAAUUGGUGUCCGGUUCCAAGCUCUGCGAACCAAAAGCGCCCGGUUUUCCCUGUGCCGCCGAGUCCUGAUGAGCAGCAUCCCCUAGGGGGGAUUCGAUAUUUCUCUUCCUUUUUUGUCCUUUUCCCUUGACCCUCGGCGUUACUUGCGAGCCAUUCGGUGACAACUGCCACAUGAUUCUGUCCUCCGGAGAAACACCUGAUUGUGCUGCAAGCUGUGGGAGUUUUCCUUCUUCACCAAUUCCGAUAAGAUCUGACAAGGCGAGCCGCGGGGCGGGAGUCUGCGGGCACUCCCUGGCCGGAUCCGACAUUGGUUCCGAGUCCACGGUCAUCGCUAAACCUUCUGCAUCAUUAUUGCCCUCUCCCUCGCCCUCCUCCUUUCCACUGCCAGACCCCUUUCCCUUGCGGCGAGGGGUCAACCCGCCAAAAGCAAAUGCGCUCAGUUUUGCCUUUGUCUCUUUGGAAGGAGGAAUUGUAGAAGGGCCACUCCCAGUCAAGUUCUGGUGCUGUGGUUGUUGCUGUUGCAGCGGGCUAGGAUUCCCUCUCUUGUUAUACGAGUAUGGAGUCCUUGCCUAA